CUCCAUGGUCCACGCUCCAGGCUCCAAUAAUCUCGCUUUGGUCCGUGCUUACCAGCCUCCAACAAAACAAAUAUUAAUCCAGCAGACCUUCUUGACCGCCGGCUGACAUCUUCCUCCUCAUAUCCCAUCCGGAGCAAAAGCAGCCUGAGGAGGAGAUCGGAAAGACAUGGCGCCGGCGAAACCGCACGUCCUGCUCAUCCCCUACCCGGCGCAGGGCCACGUGAACCCGUUCCUGAAGCUGGCCAAGGCCCUGCACGCGCGCGGCUUCCACGUCACCUUCGUCCACACGGAGUACAACCACGGCCGCCUCCUCCGCGCGCGGGGCGCCAGCGCCUUCGACGCCGGCGCCGGGGGCUUCCGGUUCGAGACCAUCCCGGACGGCCUCCCGCCCUCCGACCUCGACGCCACGCAGGACAUCUGGGCGCUCUGCGAGGCCACACGCCGGACGGGCCCGGCCGCCGUCAGGGGGCUCGUCCGGCGGCUCAACCGCACGGACGGCGUCCCGCCGGUCAGCUGCGUCGUCGCCGACGGCGCCAUGGGGUACGUGGUGCACGUCGCCAAGGAGAUGGGCCUGCCGGCCUACCUCUUCUUCACGCCCAGCGGCUGCGGGCUCCUUGCGUACCUCAACUUUGAUCAGCUCGUCAAGAGAGGCUACGCGCCCUUCAAAGACGAGAGUUGCUUCACCAACGGGUACCUGGACACCCCGGUGGACUGGAUCGCCGGCAUGCUGCCGAGCGCCCGCCUCCGCGACCUCCCGACGUUCAUCCGCACCACGGACCCCGACGACACCAUGCUCACCAUCAACAUCAAGCAGUGCGAGCUCGACUCCCCGGCCGCCGACGGCAUCCUCCUCAACACCUUCGACGACCUCGAGCGGCGGGCGCUCGACGCCAUCCGCGCGCGCCUCCCCAACACCUUCACCGUGGGCCCGCUCGGCCCGGAGGUGGCGCCGCCGUCGUACCUGCCCUCGCUCACGUCCAGCCUGUGGCGGGGCGACGGCCGGUGCGCGGCGUGGCUGGACGCCCACGCGGCGGGCUCCGUGGUGUACGUCAACUUCGGGAGCAUCACGGUGGUGACGGGCGAGCAGAUGGACGAGUUCGCGUGGGGGCUCGCCGCCGCGGGGUGCCCGUUCCUGUGGGUGGUCCGGCAGGACAUGGUGCGCGACGGCGGCGGGUGGGCGCUGCCGGAGGGGUUCGCGGCGGCGGUGUCCGGGCGCGGGCUCACGGUGGGGUGGUGCGACCAGGAGGCCGUGCUGGAGCACCCGGCGACGGGCGGGUUCCUGAGCCACUGCGGGUGGAACUCGACGCUGGAGAGCCUCCGCGCGGGGGUGCCGCUGCUGUGCUGGCCCUUCUUCUCGGAGCAGGUGACCAACUGCCGGUACGCGUGCGAGGAGUGGGGGGUGGGGAUGGAGAUGCCGCGCGAGGCGGCGCGAGGCGAGGUGGAGGCGGCCGUGAGGGAGCUGAUGGGCGCCGAGGGCAGGGGCGCGGCCGCCAGGAGGGGGGCCGCCGAGUGGAAGGAAAAGGCCAGGGCGGCGGUCGCGCCGGGCGGGUCGUCGCACGCCAACCUCGAGAGGUUCAUCCAAGAGGUCGCGCGCGCCAAAGCGGCCAAGUGAUGAAUAAUCCGGGCGUGUGCUGUAAUGGAUUACUGCCUUACUGGUUGAUGAUUGAUGUAAAACAGACGCAGAAACCUGAUGUUUGCAACUUGAUUAAUCAACGCAACAACGAUGUUCCCAAAUUUUAAUAGCA